AUGGGAAGUGAGUACAGUCGCACAGCUAUAAGUGAGAAAGGCUUGAAGUUUCUGUUUGAGGGGUGUACGCGGCUGGAAGAUCUCUAUGUGGAGUGUGAGGAGCAUGCUGCCAUUCCUCCAUCGAUCGACCGACUCACGUUUCUCAAGAACCUGGACCUUAUAGCAACCGUCACGCGGUUUCCCGACACACUGACCUCGCUACAGUCUCUCAGGAGCCUUAUGUGCAACAUUGUUCACCCGUCACCCGUUAUCUUUUCUCGACUGCGUGCGCUCGAAACCCUCAUACUGGAAGAUGCGACGGGAUUGCACGAGCUAAUCGAGGCUCUUGAGCAUAUGUGGCGACUCAAGACUCUAGCUAUCAAGCGCUGCAGCGAUAUCACGUCUCUGCCCGAGUCUCUUUUCCACCUGCCGUCACUCACCAGCCUCGCUCUUGAAAUGCCACAACUUUCACUACUACCUGACGAUAUUGGGCAGUUAUCAAAGCUACACACACUUUUGCUGGAUCUGAGGAAGCUCACAAGCCUUCCUGACCCCGUCGCUCAGAUUACUACGCUCCAAGAGCUUUCCUUCGACAAUCUUUGGAAGGUUCCGUCUUUGCCCGAGGAUUUCGGGCAGCUGAUUGUUCUUAAAAAGCUGCGCCUUAACAGCCUUCGCCAGCUCACACGCCUGCCUGAAUCCCUCGGGCAGCUGAAAGCUCUCCGGGAGCUGAAAAUAGUGGAGUGUGAGAAGCUGCAGCAGCUCCCGGGCUCCCUUUCCCAGCUCUCUUCUCUCGAGCACCUGGAGAUUACCGCUUGUUGGGACCUCACGGUGCUGCCAGAUGAAAUGGGGAACGGUAUGCAGCGUUUGCGCUAUCUGCAUCUGGAACACUGCUCAUCCUUCACCCACCUCCCUCCAUCCUUCUCCGCCCUGACAUCUCUCGAAACCCUUAAGAUUAUGGAAGCUAAUUGCUUCAGAGGCAACCUACUAGACGGCUUCUGCUGCUUGAAAAGCCUCAAGGAGCUGGUGCUUCGAGGGAUGCCUCGCUUAUCUGCGCUUCCUGCCUCCUUCUCAGGCGUCUUUUCACUCGCCAGCCUUGAAGUGAUACGUUGCCCUAAAGUAACGGUCCUGCCUGAGGGGAUCGGACGGCUGGAGUCGCUCGAGGUGGUCAGGAUCUCACUGAUGGACGGCUUGAAAGAACUCCCUGCUGAGCUUGUUAGGCUGCCACGGCUGCGGGUGCUCGAAGUGCGGGGAUGCAGUGAAGUUGGUGCGCUUCUAGGGGAUGAGAUAGUGCUCAGACGCACUGCCAGGGGUUCUUCAAUGCUCUCCAACAGAACUGCCAGCAGCAGCACCAGCGAAUCACUGCUUCCAUCCCUCCAGAAUCUCAGGAUAAAAGCUCUUUCUUUCCAUUCCAUUGGUCCAUCCCUUGGCCAGCUCUCCUCCCUAACGCAGCUGAAGCUCCUAGAGAUGCACAGCCUUAUGUCACUCCCUGACUCCAUCUCUCAACUCUCGCGCCUGAAAAGGCUCCGGAUCGAUUCUGCCUUGAGGAUGGAGGCUCUGCCGGAAGCUUUUUGGGGACUUUCAAGGCUGCGGGUGUUACUGCUGGUUCGUCUAUGUACAGUACGGCAGCUGCCGGAGUCUAUUGGGCAGCUGAAGAUGCUUGAGAGGCUUGAGAUUAUUGACUGCUACAAGCUGAUGCAACUUCCAGGUUCCUUUGCGAAUCUGGCCAAGUUACAAUCCUGUACUCUCACCAAGCUUGGGAUAUCAGGAUUUCCAGAAGAUUUCUGGAAGCUGUCUUCCCUCCAGGAGUUGGUGCUCCUGGGGCUGAAGCACGUCCGCAGCUUGCCAGAGUCGUUCUCUAUGCUGCCUCAACUAGUGGUGCUGCGGGUGAUUGCGUGCAACAAGCUGGUUCGGCUGCCGCCUUCUAUCCGGAGAAUCCCGACGCUGCGUGAAUACUUUGUCAGUGAGUGCCCUUUGCUCUCCCGGCGAGACAGGAGGGUCCCUGCAAGGGUAGGCGAGGAGGAUGGGGGGGAGGGAGGGGGAGUGGCGGUUGAUGAGGGAGAGGAGGAAGGAGGGGAGGAUUUAGACGGGGAGGAGGGAGGAGAUGCAGCGGCGGAAGGGGAAGAGGUGGACACAGAGGAGGAGGAUUUUGGGAGUGGUGGAGAGGAUUCAGAGAUUAACCAUGAGUAUGGCUUGGACAGCGAAGAUGACAGGGACGACUUCCCAGUCUUCUGGAUUGCGGGUGGAGAUUAA